GAGCGUGAUAGGGCACAUCGCAUUUCAUUACCGAGUCUGUAUUGCUCGGUAGCACUGUUUUUGCACUAUGUCACUAUGGCUUUGCAGUGUCACCGGCUCGUGGCAGUGGUAGAAGGUUGUGAAAACAAUAUGUGAAAGAGUGGCCACUUUGCCACUGCGCCUCCUCAAUGGUCGGAGUGGCGCAGGGAUCUCGCAGCUUUCACUUCUGGAGAAGCUUGACAUGCUGUUGCCUUGGAGGCUGGGCAUCGCAGAACCAGUGAUGCCAUGCCCCACUGGUGCCACUGGGUAUGAUCCUUCCAGGAUGUGUCGCAGAACUGGUGGUGAACAUCAGGCCGCCGGUGUUGGUCGCCACCAACAUGGUGAAGGCGGCCUCGGCCUCCGCCACGUGAAGCCAUUUGUGAAUGUUGGACCUUGGCAGGACAAUACCUCAACAAGGAGCUCCAAUCACGGUGAAUUGGUUCCCUUUUUGCGUCAGUGAAGAGCAAGCCGUUCUGCCAGGAUGGUUUUGCGGGAUGGUGAUACACCAGAAUCUUUGGCUGCCGCGGGAUGUCUUCAUUUAAAUGCCACUGGGGCAGGCAUUGUGCUCUUGCCCGUUGGCAGUCACAACUUGGAGAUGUUAUACAAUGUUAGACAGUAUACACCUUCUUUUCAUGGUCGAAACUCAUGGAACUGCCUGCAGGCUGCUCAGAAUCGGAUGUCCACGCAAUAAAGGACACCAACUGGCUUUAGCCCAACGCCUUAAACCUUGUCGUGAAAGUGUGUAUGUUCAGACCAGAAGCUCUGCAGGACGGGCUUGAGGGCGAACUGAUGCACUUCAAAAACCUAAGCAUCGGAGGGCAGGUCAUGAAGCACAUAAGCUUUGGUUGGUAUCUACUCCUCUCACACAGAGCUAUAGCGGAAGCUCGUCUACACUUUGCAGCAGCUAUUGCCAAAUUUCCUGAAAGCAAUUUUCUCUUGAGGGAGCUUGCAGCUGCAGCGGUGCUCGGUGAUGCACUGCCUCAACCUGGAGAUGAUGGCCACACAUUGCAUAGAACUGCGGAUGGUACCUGGGCCCAUGUCACGCCUCCGGAGCCAGCCUUCUAUGCGAUCACUUGUGAUGUUUGGGAGACCUAUGCAGCCAUUCGAUUCCAGAGGCCAAAAGCCUUUCUGAGCGAGAUAGAGCCAGAGCUGUUGGCAGCAGGCAUGUCACCGCAUGCUUUCAUCCCUUCCGUGCAGAUUGGUAGUGGAAGCGCCCCUUCCGGCUUGAUUUUGGAACAUCGGCUGGUCCAUGACAUUGAACUCUUGAAGCUCCUGCAUGGCAUGGACUUCCUAGCGUCAGGGGUUGCUUUGCAAGCGAUUGAGGCCUGUAAUCGCACCUUACGUUCAGCUCCACGAGCCAGAGAAGGCGUUCUACAACCCACCGUUGAUCAAUGGCAUGGCCUUUUCCCUUUUUACAACCGACGGCUUCAUGUCCAUCCAUGUCCACGUUUGGAGCAAGCACUGAAACCUGCUGUGGAAAUGACCAUGCAGCUUUUGCACAGCCCUUCUAGAAGAGCACAAACCCGCGCAGGGGGGGUCCUGAGCACUGGCGGUGUUCUUGUCAUUGACGAUAUUUUGACACAUACCGCCUUGACUGAGCUUCGGGAUUUCGCAGAGCUUUCCACUGUUUGGUACCAAGAGCGUGACAACUCUCUGGGCGCAGCACUGAACACAGGAUUUUCGACACCACUCUUGGCACAGAUUGCAGAGGGAUUGAGGGAACUUCUUGGUGAUGUGCUGUGUGAUCUGCCGCUUACAGACCUCAGAGCCAUCAAAUUCAAUCAGGAACUGCCGGCUUCAAUCCGCUUACAGGCAGAUCAAGCUGCUGUGACGGUGAACCUUUGGAUUACGCCAGGUUCUGCAGACCUAAAGGACUCCAAUGGAGGCUUGACUGUGUACGAUGCCUCAGUCGAAAUGGACAACUCGAUAAAUGACAAACGGAUGCUUGAGGACUUGGUUCAGCAGCUGGAUGGAGAGCAUGUUUCUGUGCCAUACCGCCAGAACCGUGCUAUUGUAUUUGAGAGUUCCCGAGUCUAUUCCAUGCAAGAGUUCACAUCUCGAGAGUCAGAGAUGCGUCGGUCAAGGCGUAUCAACGUAUCGUUCCUUUUUGGACUCAGGGGGCUGCAUUGUGCUCAACGUCGCGUAGCACGUAUCGUACUGGAGGAUCAAAGUGCAAAGCAGCAGUGAAAUAUAUAAGAUCCCAAGAAGUUAGCAGCUCGUGCAAGUGGAACACGCAAAGCAGCUCCCUGAAGGUCGAGAAGACAGCAGAUAGAAAGGGGGUAGCAGCUAGCAUUGUGAAGGGCGCAGCAUUGGAAUCUGCCAGAGGAUUGUGGCCGCUAGCGAUACACUAAUCUUGGGAAGAGCUGACAGGACAUUCAUCUGCGGCUAGACCUUCCAGAGGUCAGAGGUCUGAUCGAGCUUGUUCCUAGACCUUCCAGAAUACACUGCGAACCAACUGUGCGG